AUGGGUAAGACAACAUCUUCAAUGUUCCACCUCAACAACAUGGAAGUGACCCGCGAGAUGAACGUCAUGGUGGAUACCGCCUGGUUACGGUCCCAGCCCGUCCCCACGUACCUCGGUGUGAAGCUCGACAGAACGUUGUCAAUCAAACAACACCUGGAAGGUGCCAAGGCAAAGACAAGCGCCCGUGCCGCACUGAUACACCGCCUAGCCGGCAUCACAUGGGGAGCCACGACGAGGACACUACGCAUGUCCACAGUGGCUCUAGUGUUCUCAGCCGCUGAGGAGAUAAUGAGAAGUUCAGUCAAAAUGGCUCAUUUGGAGGCUGCACUGAUCGUCCUCCUCAUCGCAAUGAGUUUACCUUCUACUGACUCUCAAAAGACCGCCUGCACAGAGUCCUCCACGGCAGACAUUGUUUUCCUAGUUGACGGAUCCUGGAGUAUAGGAACUCAAAACUUUGCAAAGAUUCAAGAGUUUCUCUAUACAUUGGUGGAUGGAUUCGAUGUUGGAGAAGACAAAGUCCGGAUAGGCCUCAUUCAGUACAGCGAAAAUCCUCACACAGAGUUUUUCUUGAAUACUUUUCGUGAUAAAAAUGAAAUCCUACAGAAGAUCCAGCAGCUGCCUUACAAGGGAGGAGGCACGAGAACUGGACUGGGCCUGAAGUUCAUGCUGAACAUGCUUUUUGUGGCAUCAGCAGGAAGCAGGGCGUUGAUGGGUGUGCCGCAGGUGGCCAUUGUUAUUACAGAUGGCCAGUCCCAAGAUAAUGUGGAGCUGCCUGCAAAGGCACUGAAAGAGCAGGGCAUCAUUGUGUAUGCUAUUGGUAUCCGGGAAGCCAAGGAGGAGGAGCUAAAGGAAAUUGCCAGCCAGCCGGCUUCAGAUUACGUGUACAAUGUCGCCGACUUUAAUGCCUUGAGUGAAAUUUCACAGGCUGUCAUCCGGGUUGUAUGUACUAGGGUGGAAGAGGUAUCCCGUGAAGUUUCUAAGGUCACAAAGUCAUCCAUAGAUUGCAGGGAUGCCAAAGUCGCCGAUAUUGUCCUUCUGGUGGAUGGUUCAUCGAGCAUAAACAGCAAGAAUUUUGAAAAAGUGAAGGACUUUCUUUACACAUUUGUUAAUGGCCUGCACAUUGCAAGAGACGGAGUGAGGAUUGGGUUAGUUCAGUACAGCAGCGGCCCAAGAACCGAGUUUUUCCUGAAUCAUUAUUCGUCAAAGGACAGCAUAUUGAACUAUCUAGAGAAUAUGUCCCAGAAGAAGGGUGGAACAAAUUUGACGAAUGCUCUGGAAUUCCUGCAGAGUCAACAUUUUGUUCCGACAGCUGGGAGUAGAGCAGAAGAAGGUGUGAAACAAAUUGCCAUUGUGAUUACCGACGGAGGAUCUGUCAGCAAGGCAAGCGAGGUAGCUGCUCAGCUGAGAAGCAAAAGUGUUACAAUUUAUGUUGUCGGAGUUGAAGUCAAAUCACCAAGGAAACUUUAUGAUGUAUCCAGCAGACCACCUCAGAAAUACGCCCACAAAGUUGAAAGCUUUAACACGCUAUCAGAAUUUUCAAAAACAUUAUUGGAGUCAGUGUGUGGGACAGUUGUAGACCAUAUCAAAGCCUUUGCUAUGCAAUAUGCCGAUGUUGUUUUCCUAGUUGAUGGUUCUCAGCAUAUGGGAUUCUCUGGAUUCAAUCAGAUCCGAAACUUCAUCUUAAAAACUGUUUCUCAACUUGAGAUCGGGGUGGACAAGUUCCAAGUUGGUCUCGCCCAAUAUGGUAUGUCCACCCAUUCUGACUUCGUACUGAAUACCUUCCAAACAAAUGCAAAAGUGAGAAACUACAUAAGGAAUAUUCGUAGGCCUACAUUUCGGGGGAGUCGUGGGCUCAGAACAGGCAAUGCCAUUGACUUCCUGAGGAAGACAUUUUUCAAUGAGUCCACUGGAAGUCGACAGGCUCAAGGAUUUCCUCAGAUUGCUGUAAUAAUUACUUCGGAAUCUUCAAGGGAUAAUGUUAUCCCGGCUGCCAGAGAGAUAAGAAGCAAAGGGGUGAAGGUUAUCUCCAUUGGUGUGAAGAAUUCUUCUCUUGAUGAGCUGAAGGAUAUAGCCUUUCCCAGUAAGCAAUUUUAUUUCCAGGUUGAUGCUGGUGAUGCACUUGUUGGGUUAUCCAAUAAAAUAUCCAGCACCAUCGUGAGGACAGCACAAGAGGAAUUUCAGUUCCGAGAGUCAAGUAGCCAAACAGCUCCAUGCCAGUCUGAUUCAAUCGCUGACAUUAUCUUCUUGGUAGACGGAUCUGAUAACAUUGGGCCAAUCAACUUUCAAUUACUCAGAAUUUUCCUCCAAAAUGUAAUCUUUGGCCUGGACGUCAAAGCCGAUAAAGUUCGCAUUGGUUUGGUCCAGUACAACAAAGUACCGACAGAAGAGUUUUAUUUAGGAACUUAUCACCAGAAGAGUGAAAUCCUGGAGCAUGUCAGAUCAUUACCCUACUGGGGAGGAGGCAGAAUGACGGGCAAUGCCAUCAACUUUGUAUGGAGAAACUGCUUUACACCACUGUCUGGCAGUCGCGCCACAAAAGGGAUCCCCCAAAUGAUGAUUUUGAUCACAAGUGGUGAAUCCCAGGAUCAGGUGGAGGAGCAAGCAGAAUCUCUGCGCCGUAAGGGUGUUAUAGUUUUUGCCUUGGGAAUUGGAAAUGUCAACGUAACUGAGUUGAAGAAAAUCGCUUCAUAUCCUUCAGAGACAUAUGUUUCCAGAGUGAAAGACUUCAUUCAGUUGUCACCUACUACAGAGAUACUGCAGAAGAAGAUUUGCUCUGAGAUCAACAGACAAAUCUCAGUGGUAGCGGGCCAAGAAGAUGACCUUAAACAAGUGCAUGUCAUACGUCAGGAAUGUGCUGACUGGUGGUUAUUUCUCAAACUACCAGAACAAAGCUGCAUUCAGACUGAAGAAGCUGAUAUUUUUUUUCUCAUUGAUGGGUCAACCAGCAUUGAGCUUCGACACUUCAAGGACGUUCGACGUUUCCUGAUCGAGGUUGUUAAUGUAUUCAACAUUGGUGCAGAUCAAGUACGUGUUGGGGUUGUCCAGUAUGCAACAAACUCAAGAAUUGAAUUUGGAGUCACUCAAUAUAUCAAUAAAACAAGUUUGGAGGCUGCAAUUAAACAAAUCUCUCAAAUUGGCGGAAAUACUGGAACAGGUCUUGCGUUAAGCCACAUGAAAGGUCACUUCAGGGAAGCCGCGAGAAGCCGCAGAAGUACUGUGCCACGCUAUCUGAUCACCAUCACCGAUGGACAAUCACAUGAUGAUGUAAAAAUUCCUGCUGGAGAGUUAAUGCAACAAGGAAUAACUACUUAUGCUGUAGGGGUAGGUCAGGCAAAUAAAACUCAACUUCAAUUGAUUGGUGGAACCAAAGAAAGGGUUUAUUACGUCGAUAACUUUGAUGCAUUAAAAUAUCUGAAGAAUCGCAUAGUCCAGCAAAUAUGCUCACUGGAAGCCUGCAGUAAAUUGGGCCACACUGACAUCGUCUUCCUAAUUGAUGGAUCGGGAAGCAUAGGCGUGAAUGAAUUUGUAGAAAUGAAAGAGUUUAUGAUUAACAUUGUCGACAAGAUGACUACUGGAUCUGACCGUGUGCGCAUAGGUCUAAUACAAUAUUCCGCAGAUCCUGAAGAAGAGUUUCCUCUUAAUGAAUAUCCAUCGGAAGAAUUACAUGAGCUGAUUCAUAAAAUGAAACAGUUGGCCGGACGCACUGAGACUGGCAAAGCCCUGAACUUUGCAGCAGACUACUUUGAUAAAUUAACAGUGAGUCAGACUGGUGCCUCCCAGUUUCUCAUCGUGGUCACUGAUGGAGAGUCACAGGAUGGAGUCCUGAUACCAGCGAAAAACAUCAGGGAUAAACAAGUCACAGUGUUAGCUGUGGGUAUUCGUGACGCCAACAUUACUCAACUUCUGGAAAUUGGAGGAGCUCCUGAUAAGAUUAACUACAUUGAAAAGUUUGACCUGCUGAAAGAUCUGGUAGAAAAAAUAUCCUGGCAGAUCUGUAUUGCUCCUGAUGGGAAGUUUGUCUGCCUGAAAACGGAUGCAAUGGAUAUUGUUUUUGUGAUUGACGGAUCAAGUGACACACAACCAGAUGCGUUUGAGCGUAUGAAAAGUUUCAUGAUGACAAUGGUGAACAUUUCAGUUGUCGUCUCCAACCAUGUGCAGUUUGCUGCCAUACUGUUCAAUGAGAAAGCUAAUGUCAAAUUCCUACUGAACCAAUUCCGGAACAAAAUGGAGAUCCACAAAGCCAUAAACCAAAUGCAGCCAUUAGGAGGAACCGCAGCCAUUACACAUGCUCUUAAUCAGGCAAAACAGGUUUUAGCCACAGACAAAGGGGGCCGACAAGCACAAGGUGCCUCACAGUUCAUUAUAGUGAUGACUAAUGUAGAAGCGAGAGAUUUAAUCCAACAACAAUUGGUGGAUGACUUUAGAAAGAGUGAAAUUACUGUUAUCACCGCGAGAACGCCCAGCUUUCAACGUUCUGAUGCCAUGAGUCAAAUAAUGAACAGCAUUCUGCAGCAGAUUUGUGAAAAAACAAAGCCAGAUUGUAAACUUCAGGAAGCAGAUAUUGUUUUUCUCGUAGAUGGAUCAACGAGUAUUUAUCCUAAAGACUUUGGAUUGAUGAAAUUCUUUCUGAAAAGCUUGACUAAUGUUUUUCCUGUCGACCCGAAUAAAUUCCAGUUUGGUCUGGCGCAGUUCAGUACAAAUUACCAAAAGGUCGUUGAAUUAAAUGAUUUUGCAACGAAAAUUCCUUUGCUGAGGAAAAUUGAAGAAAUGGACCAACUGACAGGAGACACAUAUAUUGGAAUGGCUCUAAGAAAGACGGCUGACUUGUUCACAAAGAAAGCAGGUAGUCGUAAAUCAUCUGGAGUUCCCCAAUACCUGUUAGUGGUCACGGAUGGGGAGUCAACAGAUCCUGUGGUUGCCUCAGCUGAACAAAUUAGACAAGAUAAUAUAAACAUAUUUGCUGUUGGCAUAAAGAACGCAAGUAAGCCCCAACUUUUACAAAUCUCAGGGUUGAGAGAAAACAUAUUUUUUGUUGAAGAAUUUGAAGAUCUGGACACGAUUAAAAGAAGGGUCAUCCGCAGGGUGUGUACAUCAAAAGCAGAUUGCAUCAUUGAUGUUGCCAUUGGAAUAGAUGUCAGUAGUCUGAAACAAUUGCAGACGACACCUGGCAGUCAGCUGAAAAUGCAGAUGCAUCUGAAUAGCAUCAUUGACAGAAUGUUGGAUCUUCACAACAUCAGCUGCAAGGGAGGUCACAGUCUCAACAUGAGGGUUGACUUUCACAAGUCCAAAAUGGAAACAACCGACUUUACAAGCAUUGAUUCCAGAAGUGAAUUACCAUUGCAGGGAGCUAAUUUGACUGCUGAUUAUCUGCUUUCAUUUUUAAACAAAUUUAAGAUUCACUUGGAAAAGCAUUGGAAGAUAAUAGUAAUAUUUACAGAUGGAAUAGAUGACCAUAUGGAAAGCCUAAAGGAAGCAUCACAUACACUCCGCCAUGAUGGUGUGAAUGCAUUGAUUGUGGUUCCUCUGGAAACAAAAAGUACUGACAACUUUGCUGAACUAGAGUUUGGACGAGGGUUUGGUUACAGAAACAAACUGAGGAUCGAUAUGCCCGAUAUUGGAAAUGCUUUGAUGUCAGAAAUUGAAACAGUUGCAGAGAGACAAUGCUGUCAAGUGUGUUGCAAGUGCUCAGGGCAGCUUGGAGCAAGAGGACCUCAAGGAAAAAAAGGACCUCGUGGGAACGCAGGUCAAGAGGGAAGUAGAGGAUAUGCAGGAGAAGACGGAACUAUGGGCAGCAGGGGACCUGUAGGUGUUACUGGAGCACAAGGAGCAGAUGGAUGCCAAGGUCCCAGAGGCCUCAAGGGAUCAAGAGGGUAUCGAGGAGCGAAGGGUGACAGUGGUCUCAAUGGUGUGGAUGGAAUAAAUGGAAAAGAGGGAGAUCCUGGAACUCCUGGACUCGGUGGAGAAAAAGGGGCUGAUGGAAACACUGGAAGUAAAGGUGUUCAAGGAUUCAAGGGUGAACGAGGAGAUCCUGGUCUACCAGGGGACACUAUUGAAACACUGGAACGGAAAAUAACCGAAAAUACUUGGGCACUCGAGCAAUACAAGACUAAUAGCAUGGAUCUGGAAAACAGAAGCCGUUUGCAGAUGAAGGAGCAUAUCCUUCAAGCAGCAAAACAGUUGGGCAUGGUUGAAUUUGAAGGAUGCAAGUUUUGGGUACACGUGGUUCAGAUAAUCUCUUUCGAGGAAGGAAGGGUGAUAAAGGACAACGUGGGUGAAGUUGGAUUAGACGGUGCACCAGGCCAGGCUGGCAAUGAAGGAAAUCGCGGAUCUAAUGGAGCUUUUGGUUCUCCUGGAAUAAGAGGAGAGAAAGGAUUAACAGGGGUUCAGGGCCCAAUGGGAAGAGAAGGUGACAUCGGUGCCAAAGGGAAUGAAGGAUUCAAUGGGCGAAAGGGUGAAGCUGGAUCCCUGGGUCCUAAAGGAGAAUCUGGAAGAGCUGGACCUCGUGGGCUGCAGGGCAUGGAUGGAUCUGAUGAAAUUGGAACCCCUGGACCUAAAGGGCGAGAGGGACCACGAGGAUACCCUGGUUUUCCUGGUCAGCUGGGACCAAAUGGUAUCACUGGAACCUCUGGUGUUGGGGGACGUAAUGGUUCAAGAGGGCGCAGGGGCCUCAAAGGGCCAAAGGGGCCGGCAUCCUUGCAACCAUGUGAACUCCUGUCAUACAUUCGUAAUCAUUGCCCUUGCUGUUCAUCAAAAAGUUUAGAGUGCCCUGUUUACCCUAUGGACUUAGUGUUUGCAUUGGACAUGUCCCAGGAGGUGACGCCAUCCAUAUUUAACAGAAUGCGGAAGAUAGUAAAUGACUUUGUGCAGGAUCUUAAAGUCACUGAAGGUGCCUGCCCAGAGGGAGCACGUGUGGCAGUUCUUUCCUACAGCUCCACACCAAAAAUGCAUAUACGAUUCACAGAAUUUAGGAAGAAACAGGCUUUUCUGAAAGCGCUGGCGAAGCUAAAUUAUGAGCAGUCAGCCGACGACCGAAAUAUCGGACUAGCAAUGAGGUUCGUUGCAAGAAAUAUCUUCAAGCGUGCACGUGGUGGCUUUCUUGUCAGAAAAGUAGCAGUAUUUAUUACCAAUGGCCCAUCUCAAGAGACAACAUCAAUCAUGUCAGCAGCCCUGGAGUUCAAAGCCUUGGACAUUACGCCGGUUGUCAUUUCUUUCUCUAGGGUCCCUGAAAUACAGCUUCCUUUCCAGGUCGAUGAUACAAAAACAUUUCAAGUACUUUCUUUGUCAAGAGAUCGGCAAGAAGCUAAGGAACAAUUGCAGAGCAUCCGAUUAUGUACUUUCUGUUUUGAUAUGUGUCGACCAAAUGCCCAAUGUGGACACGUCAUCUCCCCACCUCCUAUUUCAGUCGACAUGGACAUGGCUUUUGUCGUCGAUGGGUCACGCAACAUGAAAAUGAUGGACUUUGCAAGAAUAAAGGGUUUCCUCAGCUCAAUGCUGGACAUGCUUAUGAUUUCAAGAAGUCCACGUACCCGUGAUAAUCGUGCCAGGGUAGCAUUGGUACAAUACUCACCAGCAGGUUAUUUCCCUAGGGGUCGUCAGAAUCCAGCCAAUUUGGAGUUUGGGUUCAUCAAAUAUAACAGCAAGAACCUGAUGAAGAGAUACAUUGAGAAUUCCUUUAAUAAGUUAGAUGGCCCUCCUGGGAUUGGUCAUGCUAUUGAAUGGACCAUAAAUAAUGUUUUCAUGAGCGAUGCAGCAGCACGUCGUCAUAAAGUGAUCUUUGUUAUACUUGCGGGAGAAACAAGUUCCUUUGAUAUGGAAAAGCUAAGAGCUGUGUCCCGACAAGCUAGGUGUGAUGGUUUUGUGAUCUUUGCAUUCUCCCUUGCGAAGGAAACAAUCAGAAACAACUUGGAUGAUCUUGUUAGUUUUCCUAUUGACCAACACGCUAUUCGCUUUGUCCAGCUGCUUGAUUCUGAAAUGACUUAUGCCAAAGGGUUUGCCAGGGCCUUCCUGAAUAGCCUCUCACUGAAAAUCAACGAAUAUCCACAUCCAGACUUACAGGAGGAAUGUGAAAGUGAAAUGGACUUGUAUGAAAGCGAAACUGAAGUGGAAGAAACAGAAGAAACUUAUGAGGAAGAAUUUGAAAACUAUGAACUGAUAUCAGAAGGUGAAAGAGAAGCAAAAGCACGUUAUGAAAUUCAAGGAAUAGACGAGCCAACUGCCAGCCCACCAGCGUCAAUGUUAGAUAGACAUGGUACAUUCCAAAUCUAUCGAUCUUCUCGUGGUACAAUGGUUAACUUAUUACUCUCCACUAACCUCUCUGAUAAUAAAACAUUUUUUAUUUGCAAUCCACUUGAAGAUGAGGAAGAAUUUGAAGAAUACGCAGGAAAAAAAGAAGCUGAGGAACAAAUACACACACAUCACGAUAUUUGCUUCCUCGAAUGGGAUAUGGGAGACUGUGAGGAUUAUGCCUUAAAGUGGCACUUUGAUGAAGAUGUUCAGGCUUGCAAUCAGUUCUGGUAUGGUGGAUGUGGAGGAAAUGCGAAUCGAUUCAAUACCCGUGAAGAGUGUGAAGACUACUGUGUCAAAUCACAGUAGAAAAUGUUUAAUCAGUUAUGGGCAACAAAAUGACUGCUUUAAAAUCUGUAAACUCCAGAGCACAAUGGUCUUACCCUGUGAAUUAGUCAGAAGAUAUCAAAUUUGGUUUAGUUUAAUGAUACAGUGCAGAAACAGGUCCUUCGGCCCAGCGAGUCCAU